AUGGUGUUUACUGCAGACACGGAUCUUUCCACAUUUCCGUCAAAGUUAGAGAAUGUUUGUUUAGACGAAAAUUUUAUUGAUGUUAUUCCCUUCAUUAUUGCUUUACGAAAUACACCAGAGAACUCACUGAAACGUUUAGAGCUGAAAUCUCAACACGAUCCAAGUUUUACAUUAUCACACCAAAACAACCAAUCAAGAUAUAGAAAGCGAACACUGUCGAAGUUAAAUGGAGCAACUAACUUGGAAUAUUUGGAUGUUUCUGAUAAUGAAUUGUUAACCUAUGGUCGUUGGACAAUGUUUCAAGGCAUGCAUAAUCUCAGUGUGCUAAAAGUUUCAAAUACCCAGGGUAUUGCGUUGUGUAAAACAAAUAUAACCGACUAUUGCCUUAAAAACGACUUAAUCAAUCUCAAUGAAUUAGAGAUGAAAAAUUGCAAAAUAGAGUUUAUACCAAAAACAUUCCACUUUCCGAAAACACUUAAAAAACUCAUUUUAGGUGAGAAUUAUUUGACAUCGUUUGAGGCGUCCACACUGAGACAUUUGAACAUGACAUAUUUAGACUUAUCGUAUAAUCGUUUGCCUGGCUUAUCAGACGAAAUGUGUAAAGAACUGACCAGAUUAAAAUUAGUCAAUCCUGAGUUUUUAAUAAAUUUACAAAACAACGAGUUUCAACUGACUUGCUCAUACAUUCAAAGUCUACGUUUGUUAGCCAACAGCCCACAGUUGUUUGACCAGGUAGAUAAAAUGACGUUUAAAACAGAAAACAACAUCGACUUAAACUACACGGAGAUGGUCGCACAACUUCCCAGACUGACACAAAACUGCCAGAUAAAAGAAAACUUCAGCUUUGUGUUGACGACAUUUUUCACCCAUCUCUUAUGUUUGCUUGUUUUGGCCGUGUUUUUCCAUUACCGCUGGAAGCUGAGGUACCUCUACUUUAUUGGUCAACGGCGGCUGCACAUCGGUGGACGUUUGGUCAACUACAACCCACAGGUUGAUGUCUUCAUCACCUAUGAUGAGGGUGAACCGAGAAUCCGACAGAUCCUUAAAAAUAUUAUCCUGCCAUUCUUGAAAGAGAAGAACAUCUCUUACAUUUUAGGAGAAGUGGACUUUCCAGGUGGGGACAUGGUGUCACACAUCAGUGGAGCUAUAACUGGCACAAGAAAAACGCUGGUCUUGUUGUCUGAAGAUCUUUUCUUGGAUCACUACCGAGAGUAUGAGAUGAACCUGGCCAUCAUGCGAGAGUUCAAUGUACGAGGUCAGGUUAUCGUUCCUGUCUUUGUUGAGAGGGUCGACUUGAAUACAUACCCACCUGAAGUAGAAACUUAUUUAAGGAAUCAGCUGUACAGGUGUCUGGUCUACAGAAAUAACCAAACUUUCUGGACACUUCUGUUACAUGCCAUUAGAAAUGAUUCAUAGA